UUCUCAUUCUGAGUUUGUAGGGUGUCCCCAAGUCGUUCAUUUUUGCUUUGUCCAUAGCUCUUCUCCGGAGCUAGCUGUCCAUUGCAUGACACCCGAUCGGUUUGAGCGAGACGAUGCCCACCUCAGCCUCGGCCUCCGUCUCGGUCUCGGCCUCCGCCUCUUCCACCACCGCCACCGGCCCCAAUUCCGAUCUUCUCACCCGUCUCAACUCUCCCGACUCCCAAGUCCAGCUCAAGGCUCUCAGGGAGCUCAAGAACCGCAUCAUCGGCAAUCGCACCAAGAAGCUUUCCUUCGUCAAGCUCGGCCUCGUCCCUGCCGUCGCCGCCAUCCUCGCCUCUAAAGCCCAGGCCCACUCCCACUCCGAUCACGAUUCUAAUCUCCUUGUUCAGUCUGCCGCUGCCCUCGGAAGCUUCGCCUGCGGUUUCGAUGCCGGCGUCCGAGCCGUUCUCGACGCCGGCGCCUGCCCUAACCUCUUCUUGCUUUUAUCGCAUCCUGAUGACAAGGUUGUGGACGCUGGUGCACGUUCUUUAAGAAUGAUUUAUCAAUCGAACCUGGCUCCAAAGUGUGAUUUCCUUCAAGACAAAAACAUGGAAUUUCUUCUUUCAUUAUUGAAUAGUGAGAAUGAAAAUGUUACAGGACUUGGUGCAAGUAUAGUUAUACAAUCUUGUGAGACUAUAACAGAAAAGAAGGCACUAUGUCAUGCUGGUGUUUUGAAGAAGCUGGUUAGCCUUCUUGAAGGUUCUCCAAGUCAGAGAGAUAAUAGUUUAGAAUCUCUAGCCACAAUUAUGAAGGACAAUGAUGAAGCUGUUUCAGAGUUUGUGGGAUGUGAAAGUGGAAGGGCUUUGAGUUCUGUUAUAGAAUUAACAAAGGAUAGACAUCCCCGCACAAGAUUUUUGGCUUCGACAUGCUUGAUUGCUAUAAGAAACACUUCUUCUUGCUAUUUGCAAGAUAUGGGCAUUAAAACCAAGCUGGUUCAUCUCUUACUUGAACUUCAUGAUGAUCCCGGUCAAGUUGGAGACGAAGCUCCCUUUGCGUUUUCUAGUUUAAUUUCUCAAAAAGUCGAUCUACAGAAAAUAGCACUUGAGGCAAAUGCUAUUGAUAAACUCUACAACCACUUGCAAAAGAAUCAUUUACAUCCGAAACGUUUCCAAGGACUAUUACUGGCACUGGCUGAUCUAUGCUCAAAGUUGGAGAGCUGUAGGUCUAGAUUCCUGUCGUUGCAGGCAUUGAACUUGGUAUCUGAAGCCCUGACUCAUGAUAGUUCUGACGUACGUACUGCAGCUUGCAUUUGCUUAAGAUGCGUCUCUCGCUCUAUCAAGAAUUUGUGUGCAGGUAAUUUUAUGAAUGAAAUGAUUGUCCCUCCCUUGGUUCGGCUGUUGGAUGACCCUUCUAUUUCAGUCCAGGUUGCAGCUCUGAGUGCUGUUGGAAACAUUGUUGUUGAUUUUACUACACAUAGGUCAUUAUUUCUACAGUGUGGAGGCGUGAAACAGCUUGUUCAGUUAUCGAGAUCAAUGGAUUCAACUUUGAGAUUAAAUGCUUUAUGGGCUUUAAGGAACCUGAUGUGCCUUGCAGACUACAUAUGUAAACAAGGGAUAUUCAUGGAGCUCACAGCUUCCUCAUUAGCAAGUCUUAUCUGUGACCCUGAGCCUUUUGUCCAAGAGCAGGCUCUAGCACUCAUCCGCAAUCUUGUUGAUGGAUGUAUGAACUCAGUUGAGCUUGUAUUCGCUGAAGAUGGUAUAAUAUUAGAUGCUGUUGGAAGGCAGUUGCAGAGUGCUUCAAGAGAUGAAAUUUGGAUACAGGGAUUGUAUGUGCUUAGCAAUGUUGCAAGUGGAAAUGAAGUUCACAAGGAAGCUGUUAUGCAUCAACUAGUACCACAGGCAGACAAUGGGGCCCAAUCUCUUAUUCUGAAGUUUUUGCAGAGUAAUGAAAGCCAGUUACGUAUAGCUGCUGUCUGGACCAUUGUUAAUCUUACUUUUCCAUCCACUCCUAAUGCAUUUAGCCGUUUUGUUAAACUACACAAUGCUGGCAUAGUUUCUCAAGUGAAGAGCAUGGCCAGUGAUCCUUGCCUAGACGUUAAGCUUCGGGUAAAAUCAGCACUCGGGCAAUUUAAGACCUUCAGUGAUGGCUCAACAUGAUUUUUGUACCCUUGAACCAGUGGCAAGAAAAGGACUACUGAUGCAGCUGUAGUUAGUUUUGAUGUCAUGGUGUAACACAUUGCUUUUAUAUUUUUCCAAGUUAGAGCAGUGUGGAAGCUUUCUAAUUUUGUCAGUACUCCUAAUCAGGUUACCUUCAAAAUCUGUUGUUCCACUAGUGUAUUUCUUUUUGAACACUUACGCCAUGUAAUGUAUCAAAAGAUGGAUGUAUUUACCCAACUCAAAUCCUAUGUCUGUCAGAUGCUGUUUUAUCACAGUUGUCAUAUUUGUAAACAAGCUGUAUAGAGUUGCAGUCUUUUAGUUCCAAAUGUAUAAUGAGACCAGUGUAUUGGUGGCAUGUUGUUACAUCAAUGUCUCCGGGGCAUCGAUGAUGGCACUGUAUUGAGCAAGGAUGAGCUGAUGCUACUGUGGUCGAGGUAGGGCAGCUUUGUUCCAAAGCAACAAAGCUUGGUUAUGCUUCUUCGAAAGUUUGUAAAUCCCUUUUUCUCCAAAAAGAUCAAACUUUGUACAGCCGUGUGUGGAAGAAUACCCGAGUUGUCUUUAUAGAAUAUGCAACCCACUACAUUCCCAUUAGGAAGUACUAUGUAUUGUUUGGAAUCUUGACAGCAGGUGUAAUAAUUGGAUCUUACUUUGAUAUAA